GUCAGUUUUUUUAGGUUAGAACUAAGUGAAUGAAAAGUUUCAAAUAUUACAUUUUCAAUAAACAGAACUGAACUAUUCUGAUCUAGAGUUGAUAUUAAAAGAAUGUUACAAACAUAUCUAUUUCCAAAUCAUGCCUCGAAAGUCUCAACGUACUCAACAUACACAAAAUAAUACUACUUUAACACAAAAAACUUUGGAAGAAUCAUUUGAAGAAGUUAAUACAAAUACUGAUGAACAAGUUAAUGAUUUGGUCAGGUACAUAGUGAAUCGUGCCGGUGAACACAUGAGUUUUAAAAGAUCUGAAAUCAAGAAAAAUGUACUCCCUAAAGCUGGACCUUUGUUUCAACAAAUCCUAGAGACCGCUACCAAUAUUCUGAAAAAUGUGUAUGGCUACAAUGUAAUAGUGGUUGAUGCCGCACAAAAUUCCACAAAGGCCUAUAUAGUGAGCAAUGGUUUGAGCUACUUUAAGGAUCCUACUGAACAUGUCCCUGAUCAAGAAUACCCAGAAGAUGUUCACAAAAUAUUAAUAAUGUUGGUUUUAUCUCAUAUCUUCAUGUCUAAUAAUUCCGUUAGUGAGACUUCCCUUUAUUCCUUUUUGAAUUCACUCAAAAUAGAUGUAGAAAGAAAGCAUGAAAUAUUUGGUAAUGUGAAAGAUUACAUUACGAAUACCAUGAAAAAUAAAAAAUACCUUAAUGUUGAGAUGGAUCAGUUCUCAAAGAAGACUUCAUUUUCAUGGGGAACUAGAGCAGAAAAGGAAAUAUCCAAGCAUGAUAUUUUGAAAUUUGUGUGCAAGAUCUACAGAGAUAGACUACCAAAUUCAUGGGUGAACCAAUUCAAAGUUGCUAGCGAACAGCAAUUUGAAAACCAUAAGGAAAGUCUGCAAGUACCUAUCCAGAUUGAUCAGCAGAUGGAACAGUAAUUCGUUUAAUUUUUACUCACUUUACUUUUUCACUUUUGAAAGGAAAAUGAUGAAAUAGCAAAUAUUGUUUCCAGUGAACUUUCAAUUGAAAUUGGAGUACCCCAGGGGUUAACCCUGAGCUCAUUCUGUGAAUUCA